AUGGCUCCUGGAAUACUGGCCAAUGGUUGGCACGACGACGUUGCGAUCACCUCGAAGCCGAUACAAACUCGCUACCCUUACGAAAACCUUCACUUUAAUCCAAAACUACAACCAAAGAGAUAUGAAACAGCAGCACGGGACUCGGUCAUCCAAAGCGUUGAGCAUGGUGUUGAUGUGAUCUACUACGCAUCAUAUACGGACGAUGUGGGAAUGAACAUGCUUUCAAAGGCAAAGCACAAGCACGUUGUGGCGCCGGCGAUCAACUGGCUGUAUACCACGGUCCACGAGGCCGAGCCGUUCGGAUACACCUUUGAGAAAGCCGAGCAGAUCGGCUACAACAAGGAGUUGGAGAUUGCUAUCAAGGCGUUGAAAGAGAUGAACAAGAGAGGCAUCACAGUCCCUCCCGGCGGUGACGAUGGGUUUGCAUGGUGUCCUCACGGCACAUACGCCCGCGAUAUGGAGCAUUUCGUCAAGCUGCUGGACUUUAUGCCCAUGGAGUCCAUCAUCGCCGGCGUGUCCAAGCUGUUCAUGCAGGAGAAUGAACUGGGCAAGAUCCUACCUGGGUACUAUGCCGACUGCAUCCUCGUCGACGGCGAUCCGCUCCAGGACAUCGCCGUGCUCCAAGACCACAGCAAGUUGGACGUUAUCAUGAUCAAUGGAAGGAUCCACAAGUCGUCCCCGUCCGAUGUCGUGACCGCACGGCCUCCCCCUCCUGCCCAGCCACUGCAGGUGAAGAAUCUGCACAACUUUGUCACUUUCAAAGACGAGCGAGACAGGGCCCGUGUCGGCCAUCUGGACCUGGAGCCGUUGGUCGUGCAUGCUUUGGCGAUGCCUUCGGGAUCCCCUCUGAGCAGCCUACAAGAAGUAAUCGAUCUAGGUCACGACGCCGUCGUGCAGACACGAGAUUCAUUUCCGCUGUCCUCAGUCAAGUUGCUGGCUCCGAUCGCUGCCAGGGACAUCAUGAGUGUCGGAAACAACUACGCAGACCAUGUCAAAGAGUACAGCGAGAGCGGUUACGACGCGCAGAAGAUCCAACAGAAGGCUUCCUUCCCGACAAUCUUCACGAAGCGAAGUACAAGCGUCAUCGCUGCCGACGAGGAGCUCUCCUCUCACCGGGUCUUCACCCACUGUCUUGACUACGAAGGUGAAGUCGGCGUCAUCAUCGGCAAGCCGGGAUUCGGCAUCAGGGAGAAGGACGCGAUAGGGCAUGUUUAG